AUGGGCCUCCUUGCCCUCGGCACGCCGCUCGACUGGCCCGAGACUAAGCCUCUCGCAGAGCACAUUCGUGACCAUGGCAUCACCCAGUUCCUCAACACAUGGAAGCGAUGGAAGGACAGGUCCGGCGAGGGCCUGCUGUGGGGCGAUGAGAUUGAAUACCUCGUUGCGUCUGUGGACGAAGCCGACCACGCCGUGCGCCUGUCCCUGCGACAGAGCGAGAUUCUGAAAAAGCUCGAAAAGGUGACCUGCGAUCCCAAGCUGGCUGCCAUGAAGCCUGCUGGGUCCAAGGCCAUGCCCGUAUUCCACCCAGAGUACGGCCGCUUCAUGAUCGAGUCCACACCCGGUGCCCCAUACACCGGCUCGCCCAAGGACCUGGUCACUGUCGAGGCGGACAUGCGGUUCCGUCGACAGAUCAUCCGUACCCACCUCCUCGCCAACGAGCUGCCCAUCACGCUCACGUCGUGGCCCCGCCUCGGCGCCGAGACGCAGUUCACUGACCCGCCGACGUUUGCCGAACCCACAGAGUCGUCGUCGCGCAGCCAGUAUGUCGGCCAGCUCAUCACCAACCCACAUGCCCGUUUCCCGACCCUCACGGCCAAUAUCCGCCAGAGGCGCGGAUCGCUCGUCGACAUCCGUGUGCCCUUGUACAUUGACAAGAACACCGAGCUGCCGGAAGGAGCAAAGGCGCCGCUGUCGACGGGCCUCGCCGGUCCCGCAAAGCCCGAGCCGGGCACCCCGUACAUCCACAUGGACGCGAUGGGUUUCGGCAUGGGAUGCUGCUGCCUCCAGAUCACCUUCCAGGCAUGGAACGUUGACGAGGCGAGGCAGAUGUACGACGCGCUUGUCCCCGUCGCCCCCAUUAUGCUCGCGCUUACUGCUGCUGCACCCGCGUUCCGUGGACGCCUCGCCGACGUGGACGCGCGAUGGAACGUGAUUGCCGCGUCGGUGGACGACCGUACCGAGGAGGAGCGUGGCCUCAAGCCGCUCAAGGACGACAAGUACAAGCUUCCCAAGUCGCGCUACGACAGUGUGUCGCUGUACAUUGCCAACGACGCCCGCAACAAGCCCGAGUACAAUGACAUUUCGGCGCCGAUCAACCAGGCUGUCCGCCAGCGACUGCUGGACAAUGGUCUCGACGACAAGCUCGCCUCGCACGUCGGCCACCUGUUUGUCCGCGACCCGCUCGUGCAGUUUUCCGAGACGAUUGACCAGGACGACGUCGAGUCGAUGGACCACUUUGAGAACAUUCAGUCGACCAACUGGCAGACGGUGCGCUUCAAGCCGCCACCUGUCAACAGCGACAUUGGAUGGCGUGUCGAGUUCCGACCCAUGGAGAUCCAAAUGACCGACUUUGAGAACGCUGCGUUUAGCAUCUUUAUCGUGCUCUUGUCGCGUGCGAUCAUUUCAUUCAACCUCAACUUUUACAUGCCCAUCUCGCAGGUCGACGAAAACCUCCAAAAGGCCCAGCAGCGCAACGCGGCCCGCGCCAACACGUUCCACUUCCGCCGUACCGUCUUCCCUCACGACCUGAGCACGUACGACCUCGAGUCGCGUCCCGUGACCCCGCCCAACGUGACCACCCCUCCCAACGGCGCUGCCAACGGUACCCACCCGCACAAGCACCACCACGUCGACCCGCACGGCCUCGCCAACGGGCUCAGCAAGACGCACCUCGACCGUGUCAACGGCACCACCACCCCUGCUACGAACGGCUUUGCCAACGGUAACGGCAAGGCGGCCGCCAACGGCAAGGCGAACGGACACACGCCGGGCCACUUGCGGCACCAGUCGAGCUUUUCGUCGUGUGCGUCGUUGCGCGAGGAGGACGACUCGGGACCCGAGGUGGUGGCCAUGACGCUGGACGAGGUGAUCAACGGCCGUUCAGACGGGUUCCCGGGCCUCAUGGGCGUGGUCAACGCCUACCUGAACAGCAUCAACGUCGACGUGGUCACCAAGUGCGAGAUCAGGCGGUACCUCGACCUGAUCAAGAUGCGUGCGCGCGGCGACCUGGUCACGCCCGCGACGUGGAUCCGCGAGUUUAUCACGUCGCACCCGAGCUACGCGCACGACUCGCUCGUGACCGACGACAUCCAGGCCGACCUGGUCAAGGCCGUGGACGAGCUGGAGCGCGGUGUGCGCCCUGCUCCCGAGCUGCUUGGCGAGGACUAUGUGGGGAGUGGACCGAGUGGGUGCCUCUAG